AUGUCGCUCGUUUUGCAGAACCCUCUCGUUGCCGUGCAGUUCUACGACCUUGUGUACCGCCUUAUCCCAGACGAGUACCCUACCGUCGCAGCUCUCUCUACCGCGUAUCAGGAUGUCGAUGUUCCUGUUGUGGUGGGUAGACUUUCUGCCGAAGACAUCUUCGACAGUUAUGUCGUCCGUGAACAGAUGUUCACCGACUUCAUCGAAGACGGAUCCAGGUGGAUCGUCAGGACUAACACAACCGGCUGGGAGGUUGUAAUGACACCCGAGAUGUUCAUCAUCGGUUUCGGGUCCGUUGUCGAUAAACUCCUGGAGACCUACUUCGUGCUCGCCUUGAGGGCGUACAUCCCUCUCAUCUUCAGAGACAUCGAGCGCCGGGUCAAGCCUGCCGCGAUAAAGCUUUUGGAUAUGUUGGCGCCCGUCGAAUGCGGGCAACACCUACGCUGCACACCAGAGAUCGCAGGACUACUGAAGACCGUCUUGACGCAGGUCGACUUCGACCUCUUCAACCACAUCCUCGUCUACAUGCGAGUCGCGCACGUCAUGGGGUUUACAACCUACCCGACCGACGCCGACGUGCAGAAGCAGCCUUACUGCUUCUGCGGAGAGGAAAUUUCGGUCCAUCCCGAUGGCCUCAAGUCGAUGGCGGAAGAGAAGAACCUACACGCCAACGACAUGGCCUUGUUCUUCCCUGGCAAAAUCUGGGAUCGCGUUGUCCGUCUUCGUUGUGGCAAUCUGGUUUGCUUCAGUUGCAUCAAGAACUGGAUGGCCGAGACUUGUGCCCAGAAGCGCUUGGAGUGCCCGUACUGCACUCAGGCGCUUGACUGA